CAUAUAGUCAUUCUCUCUCUCUCUCUCUCAUUUUCGAUCAAUGCUUCCUCUCUGAAACCCCUUUCCCAAAAUUUUCUUCUCUUUCUGGGUUUUAGGGAUGGCUGUUCUGUCUUUCAAUUCUCUGCCUCUGGGGUUCAGGUUUCGACCCACUGACGAGGAGCUGAUUACGCAUUACUUGCGCUUGAAGAUCAGUGGGAAUGAUGAGGAAGUCAGAGUCAUUCGGGAGAUCGAUGUAUGCAAAUGGGAGCCCUGGGAUUUGCCUGAUUUGUCGGAGAUCAGGACGAACGAUAUGGAGUGGUUCUUCUUCUGUCCCCGGGAUCGGAAGUAUCCGAAUGGGCACAGAUUGAACAGAGCGACGGCAGCUGGGUAUUGGAAAGCCACCGGAAGGGAUCGGCAAAUCAAGUCAAAGACGCGCUUGGUGGGGAUGAAGAAAACUCUGGUUUUCCAUACUGGGCGAGCUCCUCAUGGGAAGAGGACCGUUUGGGUAAUGCACGAGUACCGUGCCACUGCUAAAGAGCUCGAUGGUACCCACCCCGGCCAGGCAGCAUUUGUCCUCUGUCGCUUAUUUAAGAAGCAAGAUGAGAAAGCUGAAGGGUUGAACCCUGAUGAAAUUGAACCCACUGUUCCAUCCCCUACCCCAGCUAAUUCUCCCGAGGAAACAGAGUUUGAGGUUGCAUUACCUCAAGUAGCUCCAGUGGAAAAGCAAGAAGAAGAGCAACCUGGUUUUGCUGAAGGCUGUCCAGGUGAAAAUCCUGAUGAAAUGACCGCUGAGAGUUCCGUUCCUGUUGGUUUCUGCAGCAAUCCCCUUAAUGCCUAUGAUGAAGAAGACCCAUUGGCAAAACUAACAGCUGCUGAGGUGGAUCAAUCUCUGCAAGAGGACUUUGGCUUUUAUCAGGAUCAAAUGCUAGAGCAAUUAGAUUGCCAGCUUUUCUCCCCGGUGCAUUCGCAGUGGCAUAUGGGGUUAGAAUCUUAUGUGAGCUACCCUGGCACUGGCAACUUCAGCAAUGGGCACAACGGGGAAAAUGAGUAUGGCACAAAUGAACAGGAUCCUGAUGUUACUGAAUUUUUGGAGUCAGUCCUCAAGGAAAAUGGAUCAUGCAGUGAGUCAGAUACAGUGAGUCAAACACAGCUUGAUCUGGAGUUUGAUGCUUCUGCGGUCAUUGUUGAUAACAUUAAAACAGAGGCACUACAAGAGAUGGAAACAAAUAUCAGUGCUUUCAAGACUACCACUGGCAACAGUGCUGUCGAGUACAGUAGCAAUAUGGGUUUCUCAUGUAAUAACUUCGGUGAUGAUGCUUUCUCUGUUGGUUCUACUGUCAACCAGUUAGAUAAUUUGUUCAAUAGAUUUGAAGAAUCAAGCAGUUACACAAAUGCAGUUGGCAGUAGUGAUAUUACUGGACCUGUAAUCAAGAUAAGGACACGGCAACCACAAAUUCAAUCAGAUGCCAACAACUGUGGGCCACAAGGAACGGCACAGAGAAGAAUUCGUCUGCAGACAAAACUGGAAGUUGUUGGACAUGCUUGCAGCAUGUCAAGAGAUUUGAACUGCAAGGAAGAAGCUGAGGUGGGACAAGCUUCACAAAGCGAUACUAGUGGUACCACUGAUGAGAACCAGAAAAUUGAAGUCAAGAAAGUUGAUCAAGAACUGAAAAUGAGCAUGAGCCUGCUGAGGUUCAGGUCAAAAUACAAUGUUCUGAUGGGCAGUGACAAAAAGGUUCCAUCUGUGUUCUCAAAGGUUCGGGUUCCUCCUGCAUGUCACCUAAUUGCCUCGUCUGUUUCUUUGCUUAGGGUAGUUGGGCUUGUAGGCUUGUUUGUAAUUUUUAUCGGCACCUGGAUAUGCCGUGAAUAUUCAGUAGCGUAGGGGGCACUUUUUCUGUAUGUAACUCUGCCCCUGUUUAAUCUUUUGUAACUAAUUAUGAUACUAGGGCGGGAUAGAUCUGUUAGGUUUAUAGUUUUGUGACAUGUAUGUUAGUAUUUAUGUUGACUUGAUAGUGGGAUGUUACUUGAGUUGAGACUUUGAUGUACAGAAACUUCAACCUUGAGAGGUUUUAUUGUAUCUUCUUUUGUGAUGGAAGCUUAGAUGCAUAUAACUAAAAUAGAGCAUAUUGUUGUUGUU